GAUGAUGAAGGUGGUGAUGAUGGCUGGAGGAGGCGGCAGGUGAAUCGGAGGGUGUUUUUUCAGCCUCUCACCUGCCUGGACUCACCUGAGAGGAGCGAUGCGGCUCCGCCACUGACCGAGUCUCCUCCUUUCAUGCGAACCGAGCCGCUUCCGGCUGAAAGCGUGAGAAGAGAAGCAGCGGAGCGCGCGACGGGAGCCGGGAGCGAGCAGCUGGACGUCCUGGUGUCUGGACCCUGAAGCCGGGGCCAUGCUGUCGGCGGAGGAGAUCCUGUGCAGCACGCAGCAGGUGAUCGCCGGGCUGGAGGCCCUGCGCGGCGAGAACUGCAGCCUGCUGGAGAGCCUGCAGGAGGCGGUGGACCGCCGGCCGGCGGCGGACAGCGGCAGCGUGGAGCAGGAGAAGAGCGGCAUCAUCCGAGAGUCGCUGGAAAGGAUCGAGCUGGGCCUGAGCGAGGCUCAGGUGAUGAUGGCGCUGUCGGCUCAUCUAGGUUCACUGGAGGCUGAAAAACAAAAGCUGCGAGCUCAGGUGCGGCGUCUCUGUCAGGAGAACCAGUGGCUGCGGGACGAGCUGGCCGGCGCCCAGCAGCGGCUGCAGGACCGGGAGCAGGACGUGGUCACCCUGGAGGAGCAGAACAGGCACCUGCAGUUCAUGUCCUCCAUCCGCAAAUACGACCAGGAGGAGCCGCCGCUGGAUGAUAAAGUUCCUUCCUCCACCAAGGAAUCGCUGGAUGACCUUUUUCCUGCUGACGACGAAGAGCAGUCACAGAUGUCUCAGCCUCACCACAGCAGCGCCGCAGCAGCGGCUCAGCAGGGCGGCUACGAGAUCCCCGCCCGCCUCCGCACGCUCCACAACCUGGUCAUCCAGUACGCGUCGCAGGGCCGCUACGAGGUGGCCGUCCCACUCUGCAAACAGGCUUUGGAGGAUCUGGAGAAGUCUUCAGGCCACACCCACCCCGACGUGGCCACCAUGCUCAACAUCCUGGCGCUGGUGUACAGGGACCAGAACAAAUACAAAGAAGCGGCGAACCUGCUAAACGACGCGCUGGCGAUCAGAGAGAAAACUCUUGGGAUGGACCAUCCAGCUGUGGCAGCAACACUCAACAACCUUGCAGUGCUUUAUGGGAAAAGAGGAAAAUACAAAGAGGCAGAACCACUUUGUAAAAGAGCUCUAGAGAUCAGAGAGAAGGUUCUGGGCACAGACCAUCCAGAUGUGGCCAAGCAGCUGAACAACCUGGCUCUGCUGUGCCAGAAUCAGGGCAAAUACCAGGAGGUGGAGCAGUACUACGAGCGAGCGCUGCACAUCUACCAGAGCAAGCUGGGGCCGGACGACGCCAACGUGGCCAAGACCAAGAACAACCUGGCGUCCUGCUACCUGAAGCAGGGGAAAUACAGACAGGCCGAAGCUCUUUACAAAGAGAUCCUGACCAGAGCGCACGAAAAGGAGUUCGGGUCGGUGGAAGGUGACGGCCGUCCCAGCUGGUCGGGCCCGGAGGACGGCGGCUCGGCGCCGGACGGACUCGGCGGCCUGAAGCGCAGCGGCUCCUUCACCAAACUGCGGGAGUCGAUCCGCCGCAGCAGCGAGAAGCUGGUCCGCAAGCUGAAGGGGGUCGGCGUAGAGGAAGCCGCCCCAAGGAAUGCUGGGAUGAAGAGGGCGAACUCCCUGAACGUUCUGAACGUCGGCGCUCGAGAGAGUCAGGACGGCGCCCAGUCCAGUCACCUGUCGGAGGGCCGAGGUCUGAGCUCCAGCACGCAGAGUCUGACCAGGAGGGGCUCGCUGGGCGGGACCAGCUAACACACACACACACACACACACACACACACACACACACUGAGCCCCCACCGUCAUGGAGGAUCCUCCACUUCCAGGCUCCUCGGGAGACAAACCGGCUCCGAUUUCCUCCGACAGCGAAAGUUUUACAAUAUUUUCCAAGAAAUCAACAUUUUCUGAAUCGUCUGGAUGAAAAAUGUAAAAAUGACACGAUUACCUCCAGUACACCAGCUGUAGGGCGGAUUUACACUCCGACAUUUCAUUCCUCCUCAUCUCAGAUUGACGCAUUCCUGAUUUUAGACGCUCAUUAACUCUUUAACUUUAACCAGACUGUUUAAUUCCACUGAACAUUAAUCCCACUAAUCCUGUCCCUUCGGCUUUGUAAGCUCUUAAACUUCAAUUCUUCUUAAAACUGCAGGUACUCAUGUUUAAAAACACACUAAAGUGAGAAGAAGUGAGAAACGAGGGUUUUUUUCCAGGUCAGAUUUUAGAUGAUGUGCAGAAGCGUUUACAGACAUUCCGCUAAAUCCUGCUGGAGGUUUGGUUUACGCCUCAAACAAGGACCAGACUUUAAAGAUAUUUUAACAUAUUUAUAUGACCUCAAUCAAUCAGGUUUUUUAAGAUUAAAAAUAUCAUAUGAAACACUCAUAUUUUUCUAUUUGAGGAGUGUGAAGUUGAAUUUGGAGUGUGUGGGUCUUGAUAUCCCACAAUCCUCCUCUCCUAAUUAUUUAAACACAUUGUUGAAGAUGUGGAAAUAUUUCCUGGGCUUUAAAGUCACACCUUUAAAACGAUACGUGACGAAGUGGUUUAUUCCAGUCGCAGUGUUUCUUCGGUACUGUAACAGCGUUCUGUUGUCGUACGGUGACCUCUAGUGGUCAGAGAGGGAAAUUACCCCCAAGUCUGAUCGUCAGAGUUCAGAACGAAACAGGAUGAAAUCAGACCGGCAGGUAUUCAGACUCCCGGAGUCGAGCAAUACGCCGACGACGAGUUUCUGUUUUAUCAGAACAUCCAAAGCUGUAAAUGUGCCUGAGUGUUUUAUUAAAAAAAAAUAAAUAAAAAAUCCUUUAAAAGGAAUA